GGAUUUGUUCACUCGUUUUGUCCGGGGGGAAACAUGAAUCCCGGAACCUUGUAUCGCUGCUGAAGUGCAUCGGACACAUUUUAAGGUUGCAUAACAUCACCACAGGAUCAACACAUUCCCAUCACGUUCUCUGCUGAGCUUCACGUCUCUGAGGGUUUGUGUUUGGAGCUGUAAAGUUCUGCCAUGGGCAGAUUAAGAAAGAAACACAACUGGAAAGGCAGACAGCAGAGCACAUCUGCGCAGACAGCUGCUGCAGACAGACAGACUGAUGUGCACGUGGAGAUUCAAGAUGGAGCCAUGCUUAAAGGUGUAGACGACUGCAACGCUCUUGUUCUGUCUGCCACCAAAACCAAGAAACAAAACAAAGUCGAACAUCCUGUAGCCAAGAAAAAAGCCUUGACAAAGAAGCAGAGGAAGAACCUGGAGAAAGUUCUGGAGCUGAAAGAGAAAAAAACCCAUAGAGCAGAUAUAUUAUCUAAACUAGCUGAGGUUCAGCUGGCCGAGUCGGAGCUCAAACUGCUGUACACGACCUCUAAACUCGGCAUCGGAGACAGACUCUACCAGACCAAAGAAUCUGUGAAUGAAGAUCAGGAUGGGGAUUCAACUACUGUCAGGAUCAGCAGUGUGAGCGGAGCAAACAGAAAGAGAAGAAGAGAGGUGGAUGAUGAGGAGGAGAACGAGGGAUCUGAGUCCUCAGAGGAGGAUGAUGGUGAGGGGUCAGACUCAUCCGAGGAAGAGGAGGAAAAAACACCUGAGGAAAACCCCACAGAAGAGCCACAGGUGCUGAGAGAGGAGGCCAAACAGAAAGAAACGGAUGUUAAGGAAGAGAAGAAAGAUAAAGAGGAAACGCAUAAGAAGGAAGAUUGUAAACCUGCUGUGUUUAUUCCUGUGGAUCGACUGCCGGAGAUUCAGGAGGCUCGUCUGAGGUUGCCGAUCCUGGCGGAGGAGCAGGUCAUCAUGGAGGCGGUGAAGGAAAAAGAGUGUGUGGUGUUGUGUGGAGAGACGGGCAGCGGGAAAACCACACAGGUGCCUCAGUUCCUGUACGAGGCGGGAUACGCCAGCUCGGGUGGCAUUAUUGGUGUGACGGAGCCCAGGAGAGUGGCGGCGAUCAGCAUGUCUCACCGUGUUGCCACAGAGAUGAAUUUACCCAGCGGGGUGGUGUCUUAUCAGAUCAGGUACGAGGGGAAUGUGACAGAAAACACAAAGAUCAAAUUUAUGACAGACGGUGUCCUGCUGAAAGAAAUUCAGAAGGAUUUCCUGCUGCAGAAAUACAGCGUGAUCAUCAUAGAUGAAGCUCAUGAGCGCAGCGUCUACACUGAUAUCCUCAUCGGCCUCUUGUCACGCAUCGUCCCACUCCGCAACAAGAAAGGCUUACCCAUGAAGCUGAUCAUCAUGUCGGCGACGCUGCGUGUGGAGGACUUUACUGAGAACAAGAGACUCUUCCGAACUCCUCCACCGGUUAUCAAGGUGGAGGCCCGUCAGUUUGCGGUCACGGUGCAUUUUAAUAAACGCACACCAGUGGACAACUACACUGGAGAAGCUUUCCAUAAGAUCUGCAAGAUUCACCGCAUGCUGCCGCCAGGUGGCAUUCUGGUGUUUCUGACGGGUCAAGCGGAGGUUCAUUCUGUGUGUCGCAGACUGAGGAAGGCUUUCCCUUACAGACCCAACCGAGAGCACACAGAUUCAAUGGAAACAGAAGAAGAUCUGAAGAAGUCAAAAAGAGCGAAGAAAAAGAAGAAUGUGUCGCUCCCGAAGAUUAAUCUGGACAGUUACUCGGUUCUGCCUGUGGACGAGGGUGAUGAGGAUCGUCAGGCCGGCAUUGAUGAGGAUGAUAAUGAGGGUUCAGACCUGGAGCUGGAGCUGGGAGAUCAUCCAGGAGCCGAUCACGAGGAGAAGGCCGACCCGUCCAUCCCGCUGUAUGUGCUUCCUCUCUACUCUCUGUUGGCACCUGAGCUGCAGGCAAAGGUUUUCCGUCCUCCUCCCGCUGGAGCGCGUCUGUGCAUCGUUGCGACUAACGUGGCCGAGACGUCUUUGACGAUCCCCGGCAUCAAGUAUGUGGUGGACUGCGGUCGUGUGAAGAAGAGGUUUUAUGACAGAGUGACAGGCGUCUCCUCCUUUAAGGUCACCUGGAUCUCACAGGCUUCAGCCAAUCAGAGGGCAGGAAGGGCGGGCAGAACGGAGCCGGGUCACUGCUAUAGGCUCUACUCGUCUGCUGUGUUCGGCGAUUUCAGUUUGUUUUCGGAGGCUGAAAUCACGCGGCGUCCCGUCGAUGACCUCGUCCUUCAGAUGAAAGAUCUCAACAUUGAAAAGGUUGUGAAUUUCCCGUUCCCAACUCCUCCCUCAUCCGAGGCGCUGAUCUCUGCCGAACAGCUCCUGAUCUCUCUGGGAGCGCUGGAGGAACCGCCUCGACACGGACGUUUGGGUGAGAUGGAGAGGGCGCGUCUGUCGUGUCCCAUAACUCCUCUGGGCCGCGCAAUGGCCGCGUUUCCCGUAGCACCGCGGUACGCUAAGAUGCUGGCACUGGGCCGUCAGCAGGGCUGUAUGCCGUAUAUCAUCACUAUCGUGGCCGCCAUGACCGUCAGAGAGGUCUUUGAGGAUUACGACAGGCCUGCGGGCAGCGAGGAGGAGAGCACUAAGAUGGCAGGGAAGAAAGCCAGAUGUGUUCAGAUGAGGAGGUUAUGGGCCGGUCAAGGACAGUCGCUUCAGCUGGGAGAUCUGAUGGUUCUGCUGGGGGCUGUUGGUGCUUGUGAAUUUGCGGGCUGCCCUCAGCAGUUCUGUGAGGAAAAUGGGCUUCGGUUCAAAGCCAUGCUGGAAAUCCGAAGACUACGACGACAGCUGACCAAUGCAGUGAAUGCCGUGUGCUCUGACGCUGGCGUGUACAUGGAUAAUAAGAUGGCUCCUCCGACAGAGUCUCAGGUGCGGUGUUUACGGCAGAUCGUGCUGGCGGGUUUAGGAGAUCACAUCGCCAGACGAGUGCAGGCCGAGGAGCUGCUCGACCCCAAAUGGAGGAACGGCUACAAGACUCCUCUGCUGGAUGAUCCAGUGUUCAUUCACCCAUCAUCUGCUCUUCAUAAGACACUUCCAGAAUUUGUCGUUUAUCAGGAAAUCAUGGAGACCACCAAGAUGUAUAUGAGAGGUGUUUGUGCCGUUCAGGGCGAAUGGAUUCCGAAGCUCCUCCCACAAUACUGUCACUUCAGUGCUCCGGAGGAAAGCCCCGCCCCCUGGUACUGCCCACUGAGCGGCCAAGUGAAGUGUCAUCAGCAGAGCACCUUCUACAGAGUCAGUUGGAAGCUUCCUGCCAUUGAGAUGGAUUACCCAGAGGGCCUUGAGCAUUACAAACAGUUUGCAAAGUUUUUCCUGGAGGGCCAGGUUUGUCCCAAGAUUCAACAGUUCAGCAAAUGUUUACUGUCGUCACCCUCCACCAUGCUGAAGACGUGGGCCAGGCUGCAGCCGCGGACGGAAGUUCUUCUGACGGCGCUGGUGGCCGAGAAAGUGGACAACAGAACGUCUUUAGAAGCUGCAUGGAAGAAAGAUGAAAAAUAUCUGCUGUCAGCGUUUUGUCAGUGGAUCCCAGAGUCUCUUCAUGCAGAGGUCACUAAAGUCUGGCCACCGAUCUGACACACGGACACACAGUGACCCCUGACCUGUCUGACCAGCACGGGCCUUUUAAUCAGAGGACACGCAGCAGUAAGACUGUUAAUGAACAGGAUCUUCCCGCUUGUGCCUCAUUCUCUGACAUCACACGGAUGGAUUCCUCUGAAAGCCUGUGGACAGAUGAAGACUUCCAGUGUAAAACGAUGGCAAGAUCUCGCGCCGCAUCUGCAGUGCAAACUGGACUUUUGUAAACCUUUUGUAAACAUCUUCAGAUCAGAACACCAGAGCAAAUAAAUUCCUUUGUUUUUAAACUA